CAUCUACCGUUACGCACUCGGAACCAGACAUAACGCAAUAUGAAGACGACCUCUUUGCUCUUUUUCAUCUCUUUAUUCAUCAACGGUGUGUUUGGUGAUGAAGUGAAGUCAGUGUCAGUGAUGGAGGGAGAUUCUGUUACUCUACACACUGAUAUAAAUGAAAUACAGACAGAUGAUCUAAUCAUAGUAUGGACAUUUGGGACUCAAAAAACUGGUAUAGCUAAAAUCAAUAGAGAAGCCAAUACAGUCUCAAUAACUGAUGAUGUUCUUGAUGGGAGAUCCAGAGGCAGACUGCAUGUGAAUAAUCAGACUGGAGAUCUCACCAUCACAAACAUCACAACUAAUCACACUGGACUUUAUGAAGUACAGAUCACUGUCGGAAGUAAGAUAAUACAAAAGAGUUUCAAUGUUAAUGGUGUGGUCGGUGCAGGUGGAGUGAAGUCAAUGUCAGUGAUGGUGGGAGAUUCUGUUACUCUACACACUGAUGAUCCUGAUAUCAAGAAAUAUGAUGUGAUACAGUGGAGGUUUCAACAUGAAAACUCUCCUCUAGCUGAACUCAACAGAAACACUGCUCUCUUCUCUACAUUUGAUGAUGUUCAUGAUGGGAUAUUUAAAGACAAACUGCAGCUGGAUGUUAAGACUGGAUCUCUCGGCAUCAGAAACAUCAGAACCAAACACUCUGGACUUUAUGAAGUAGAUAUCAUUAGCAGCAGCACUUAUACCAUACAUCAGUCAUUCACUGUUACUGUCAGUGAUAAAAUAAAGUCGGUGUCUGUGAUCGUGGGAUAUCCUGUUACUCUACAGACUCAUCCAACUGACAUACAGAGGGAUGAUCACAUACUGUGGAUGUUUUUACCCGAUGACUCUCUGAUAGCUCAAAUAUAUAAACUAAACAAUCUGUUCAGUACAUAUGAUGGUGAGGAAGGGAGAUUCAGAGGCAGAGUGAAGCUGAAUGAUCAGACUGGAGAUCUCACCAUCAGUGACAGCAAAACUGAACACACUGGACUUUAUGAAGUAAAGAUGAACAUCAGAAGACGAUCCAUUCAGAGGAGAUUCAAUGUUUAUGUCAGUGAGCGAGGUCUGUCUUCAGGUGCUAUAGCAGGAAUAUCUGUUAUCUCCCUGCUUGCUGCUGCUGCUGUUGUUGCUCUGAUUUACUAUCGCCAUAAGAUUGCUGAAUUGGGUAAAACAAAAACAUUGGAAGUGAAUGAAGAAGAAUCUGUCGAUCUCAAAACUGAAGUUACUGACAUAGAGAAAGAUGAUCUGAUAGAGUGGAGAUUUAAAGAAACGCUCAUAGCUGAAAUCAGUCCUGCCAACAAUCCUAUCAUAUAUCAUGGUGAUACAGGUCUAUUCAGAGAUAAACUGGAGCUGAAUCGUCAUACUGGAGAUCUCACCAUCAAUGACAUCAGACAAAAACACACUGGAGUUUAUAAACUGAAGAUCAUCAGAGGAGGAAAAACAUCAUACAAGAGAUUCAAUGUGAUUCUCAGAGAUGAAACAAAAACAUUGGAAGUGAAUGAAGAAGAAUCUGUCGAUCUGAAAACUAAAGUUACUGACAUACAGAGAGUUGAUCUGAUAGAGUGGAGAUUUGGAGAAACUCUCAUAGCUGAAAUCAAACCUUUCAAACAAGGUUGUAGUAUAUAUCGUGCUGAUAAAAUGGAGCUGAAUCAUCAGACUGGAGAUCUCACCAUCAAUGACUUCAGACAGAAAAACACAGGAGUUUAUACACUAAGAAUCACCAGAGGAGGAGAAACAUUAGACAAGAGAUUCAGUGUGUUUGUCAGAGGUGAAACACUGAAAGUGGAUGAGGGGAAAUCUGUUGAUCUGAAGACUGAAGUUACUGACAUACAGGGAGUUGAGAAGAUAGAGUGGAGAUUUAAAGAAAACUUUGAUAUUGAAUGUACCCAGAUAUUUAGAAGUGAAUUACCUCUUAUAGCUGAAAUCCAUCCUGCCAACAAAAUCUUUUAUACAUAUAAUGGUUGUAACGGUCUAUUCAGAGGUAAACUGAAGCCAAAUCCUCAGACUGGAGAUCUCAUCAUCAAAGACAUCAGAGAGGAACACACUGGAGUUUAUAAACUGAGGAUCAUCAGAGAUGGAAAAACCUCAGAGAGGAGUUUCAUUGUGUCUGUCAGAAUUACAAAAAAUGAACUGCGAGUGGAUGAGGGGAAAUCUGUUGAUCUGAAGACUGAAGUUAAAGACAUAAAGAGAGGUGAUCUGAUAGAGUGGAGAUCUGGAGAAACUCUCAUAGCUGAAAUCAAUCCUGCCAACAAGAUCUUCAGUACAUAUGAUGGUGAUGAUGAUGAAUUCAGAGAUAAACUGGAGCUGAAUCCUCAGACUGGAGAUCUCAACAUCAAAGACAUCAGACAGAAACUCCCUGGAGUUUAUAGACUGAAGAUCACCAGAGAUGGAGAAACAUCAAACAGGAGAUUCAUUGUUUAUGUCGAGGGUGAAACAAAAGAACUGAAAGUGGAUGAGGGAGAAUCUGUUGAUCUGAAGACUGAAGUUACUGACUUAAAGAGAGAUGAUCUGAUAGAGUGGAGAUUUGGAGAUAAAGAAACUCUAAUAGCUCAAAUCAAUCCUCCCCUCAAUAUCUUCAGGACAUAUAAAGGUGAUGAUGAUCUAUUCAGAGAUAAACUGACGCUGAAUCGUCAGACUGGAGAUCUCACCAUCAAAGCUAUCAGAAAGAAACAUGAAGGAGAUUAUACAAUGAGGAUCAUUAAAGGUAGACAAUCCUCAUACAGGAGAUUCAGAGUGUCUGUCACUGGUACAACAGAAACACUGGAAGUGGAUGAGGGGAAAUCUGCUGAUCUGAAGACUGAAGUUAAAGACAUACAGAGAGUUGAUCUGAUAGAGUGGAUAUUUGGAGAAACUCUCAUAGCUGAAAUCAAUCCUGCCAACAAUAUCUUCAGUACAUAUGAUGGUUAUAAUGGUCUAUUCAGAGAUAAACUGAAACUGAAUCAUCAGACUGGAGAUCUUAACAUCAAUCACAUCAGAUGGGAACAUGAUGGAGUUUAUAAACUGAAGAUCAUCAGAGAUGGAAAAACCUCAAACAGGAGUUUCGGAGUGACGGUCAGAGCUUCUAAGAGAGAAGAUCCAGUGGAGAAGAGAGGAGGAGAUUCAGUGGGGAUAGAGAUGCAGCCGUUGUUGCCUAAUAGCAGUUAGUAGCAGUGAUGUUUCUCCAGUGUAACACCAUCAAUAUUACAAACACAUCAGCAUCACAUCACUUAUAACAUCACCCUCUUAAUAACGAGUUUAUACAAUCCACCUGUGUGUGCUGAUCAACCAGAGGAAAAGAUUGACCUCUGAUUUCAAUAGCUUGAAUAAAUGAAGUUAAUAGAAAGAUAAGUAUGUUAUAAAUAUAAUAAAAGUCAAGUAAAUAAAAUGAAAGUUAAUGGAACACAUCUGUUGUUCACACUGAUCUACAGAUAAACUCUGUUAUUUUAAAUAUAAAUAUCAGCUUUCAUAUCUGUUACUAGAUGCAAAAAUUGUGUACCGCAUGUUAUAUUUGUUGUUUCAUACAGCUAGUACAUGAAACAAAAGCCUAAAUAUCUCAUGUAUAUCUAACAGAUGUACUCCAGCAGUUUUUCACUGACUGAUGUUUGUUGAUAUUAGUUGACAUCAAAAGUAUCUGUCCCUGUGUCCUAGUAUUCAUACUUCACUCAUAUACAGUAUGCAAAACUAUGAGUGGUUAAAUGUGAAUCUGUAGAUGAAACAGUGUUUUAUUGUUAACCUGAUGAUCUGCUGAUCUUCACUUCUAGUUCAUGUCUAACCAGUGGUCAGUUUUCUAUCCCAUAAUGCAACAGGGGUAUAGGAGGCAUCAUAUUCAUGAAGGAAAACAAACAUAAAUACUUGUAAACUUGAGUAAUUUGACUGUUUUGUAGUUGUGUUGUGUUCCUGUAGUUUAAUUGAUACUAGUGUGUGAUGCUAGCAGCAGCUUUAGGUUUAGCUUCUCUCUUAUUGGUUUCUUAGUGAAUAUUAGCAGAUAUAGCUGUGCAUAAAUUAUUUUAUGUUCAAAUGUAUGAGGUACAGGUAACAAAAACAUUAUUCCUGUGGUUAAAUUGCUCUGAUCAACAUAUUUUUUCACAUAUUAUAAUGGAAUGUAAUUAAUACUAAACACUUUUUGAGAAGUAAAUGGUAAUGGUAUUAUUUUAGCUUUUUUAAGCUUUGCCAAAUGUUUAUAUUCUAAAUUCUGUGCCGUGUUUUAUUAUUAUGUAACCACGAUUGCUAUAGUAAAUAACUACUUAUUUACAUUUUGUUACUGUAUAUUAAUAUUGUUUGUGUCAUAGAGACACAUCUUUAAUGUGAUCUGAAUGUAGACUGAAUAUGUUUUCAUGUUGACAGAUGAUCAUCAGUACAAUCCAUGAUACAAUCUUUUGUGUUUUUUUAUUAGUGUGAAACUGCAUGAUGCAUCGAUUUAUAGCACUUAAUUCAAAGCUUGCACUAAACCCCAAAAAAUUUUGAAGUCUUACACUUUAAUCUCUUUUAGUCUGUUUUUCUCUGAACAUCAUGUGUACUGUAACAGCUUUUAUAUGAUACAUCACUCAUGUUAUAAUCCUCUUUUUUUUUUUUUUUUUUUUAAAUAAAAGCAUCUGAUAAAUAAAA